CUUGAAAAGAUAGGGAAAGAGUUUAAACAUUUAGAUGUGGAGGAAAUGGAAAGAAAAAUUGGACGGCCGUUUGGAUUAGAUAGUCGCAUUCACACAUCAGUGGGAAUUGAAAGACGUGAUGAAAGUUUAUAUUACUUUCUGAGAGAAAAAGAGGGUAAAGUUGACGUUAUGAAGAUCGAAAACGAAUCCUUGCGCGCUGAGAAAGAAGAAAUGUAUGCCAGAAACGAAAGAAGCAAAUCCAAAAUUAAAGCGUACCAGGAUGUGAUUAAAGAGAAAGAAAAAGAGAUUGGAGAUUUGAAGGAAAAGAUCACCGAAAAUGACAACAGUGCUAUGGAGAUAAGACGCUUGAAAGAUGACUUGAAGCAACACAAAGCUCAAAUUCAAGAACUCCAGAAGAGACUUGUCACCAAGGAAAAAGAAAUAUCACAAUUGCAGAAGGAGCUUCGAAAUCUUGAAAAUCAUGUAUCAAGCAAAAACGCAAAUGAAAUCGCGUUGGACAAAAGUAAUCAAACUGGUACCGAAAAGAAUUGCGAGGAAAGGAGUAAUGUAAAGGAACACGGAAGAAAAAUAGAAGAAGAACUAAGAACUCAAGUUACGAAGAAAGAAGAACAGAUCAAUAUGUUGAAGUUUGAGUUACAAGAAUUGGAAAAGCAAAAUGAUAAAGGAUGGAAAAUGAGACAAAAACAGCAUGAAAAAGAAUUAAUUCUGAAAGAAGAGGAGAUAAAGUUAAUAAAAUUUGAGUUUGAACAAGCCGAAAAGAAUAAGUUGAAGCCUGAUGAAAAAUUGGAGACUGUUGAAAUGCAAUGCAAUUCUGAUAAGAAAGAUGAACUUAUUAAGGACGUGCUGGUUAGAGAAGAGAAAUUCAAAUGUGAUUUAGAAAACGCUAAAAGUGAAAUCGUUUUAUUAAGAAGCGAAUUGAAGGCAAAAGUUAUUUGUGUGGAGGAGAAACGUAAGCAUGAAAUUGAGUUGGAAAAGCAGAUUCUAUAUAAAAAUGAAAAAAUUGACCUUCAUAACAAAGAAUUAGCUGAAAAGAACCAACACUACAAUCUCAUUAAUGAUAAAUGCAAAGACCUCCGGAGUAAAUUAGAAAGUUGCAAAGAAAAUUGCAAAGUGAUGCAAGAACAGCUACAAGUUGAAAGAGAUGAACAUAAGAAAGAAGUUUCAAAUGCAGUGAAUGAACUGGAAGAAAGAUGCAGAACUUUGCAAAUGGAAUUGGAGAAUGAAAAAAGGCAAAGAUUAAACGAAAGCCAACAGCCGAACGAGAGGUCUAAAGCCCUGUACGAAAUACAACUGUGGGAAGAAAAAUGUAACAACGUAAGUAGAGAACAAAAGAGAGAAACUGCAAAGAGUGCACGUGAGGGUAGGUGCAAAGAUUCGAAGCAAAAGUUGCAUGAUGGUAAAAUAACUUUAGCUGAAUUGAACACGUUGAAAGAAAAGUAUACCAAAUUGCAGCAACAGCCAGAACGCGAAAUUAAGACAAAGGAAUCUUUAACAUCAUCAGAUAUUGAUGCAUUAGAAAAGCAAAUAGCAUUUUUAGAAAGUAACUUAAAACAAAACACCGUCACGAUAAAGGAAAAAGAUAAAGCUAUUGAGUCAAGUAAAAACGAGCUGCAGCUUCUAAAGGAGGAGUUAGCCAACAGGGAAAAAUCUAUGGAGAUGAAUGAUGUGAAGAUGAAGCAACAGUGUGACAAGCUGAAAGAAAUAGAAGAGAAGUACAACUCAACUACUGAUAAAAUCAAGGAUCUUGAAGAUCUUCUAGAGAAAGAACGUGAUGAGCAUAAAUUACAAGGUCUCGAGCAGAAAAUUUUUGAUUUGGAAAAAGAAAUCGAGAAACUGAAACAAGAAAAUGUACGGAGCAGAUUGGAGGUAUCAGAUUUAAAGUUGAGUAAUUCGCGUGUAUUGGCAAGCAAGAAGGAAUUAGAAAAACGGGAACGUAUUUCGGAUAAGCAGGUCUGGAAUCUACAAGAAAAAGUAUGCGAUUACGAAAGUAUUAUCAAUAAUAAUAAUGUGAUCUUGGAGGAGCAGAAACAGAUCAACCAGAAGCAAAAAGAACAGCUUGAGUUUUUGCAAAGAAAAGAGAGAGAACAUAACGAAGAAUUACAAAAAUAUAAAAGUAACACAAAGAACGAUGAAAGAGUCAACGAGCUUUUAAGCUUGUUAGAUGAAGAGAAAAAGAAAGUCAAAGAAAAUGAAGAGAGGUGUAGGAUAUUGGAAGAAGAUAAACAAAUGAUUAUCAAGGUUGUUGAGCUAAAAGAUGAAGAGAUAAAAUCAUUGAGCAGCAAGUUAAAGGAAAGUCAACAAUCGGUAAAAGAAUAUAAGAAAUUAGAGAGUGAAAAAGCUAUUGAAAAUGAGAAGGUACUAUCGAACCAGCAGGAACAAAAAGAACUCACAAAUUUACAACACGAGAAGGAAAUGUUAAAGAAUGAAUACGAUAACAAGUUGUACAAUAACAAAAUAAAAAUGGAAAACUUAGAAGAUGAUAAAGAUAUGUUGAAAAGAAAGUUACAAAAAUUACAAGAUGAAUCUAAAAACAACGAAACAGAGGUGUCUGUUUUCGCCAAGAAAAUUGAGCACCUAACAAAAAAGCUAUCGGAAUUGGAGACGAGUUAUUUGGAUGAAAAGGGAAAAGUAAUGCAAUCCAAUAAGGUAACCAUAGAAUUAAACACUAAAAUUGAUCAACUUAUUGCAGAUAAAGAAAUUUUGCAAGAACUUUUGGAUAACGAAAAGAAUGCGAAGGCAACAAAAGGAGACAUGGAUGAAAAUUUUAAAGAAUUAGAAAAUGAAAUAGAAGAAAAGGAUAUACAAAUCGGCGAACUACAGCUAGAAUUGGUAGCACAAGAUCAAACCAUUGACGAUCUAACACGAAUGAAUAGAGAGCUACAAUUUCUUCUUGAAGAACACAACCGUAAAGGAGAGAAGCAGCAACUACAUAUGUCACCAAACAAUAGCCACAUUUCUGACGAAGAAAGUUACGGGAUCCCACUUGCCGGACAAUUCGUAGCUCAUCCCAAGGAUUGCGGUAACGACACAGAUGAUUAUUACGAUAAUAGCGAAUCUUUCGAUCAGCACGAUUUUCAUCCUAAUAAGUCAUCACAGGAAGAUUUUGCUGCAGGUCAACAUAGGGAUGAUAGCGAUGGUUAUGGACCAUUUGUACCAACGUUGGGUAUGUUGCACGAUUUAAUGUCACAACAACUGCGUCAAGAUGAAUCAGAAUAUAUCGAUAAUAAUCACGUCACACCACAAAAAAUAAAGGUUGCGACAAUACCGCCAAUAACAAAAACUCUACCACCAGUUGGAAAGUUGGCUCCACUCGCAACACCAGCCUUCCCUACACCAGCUGGAAAACUUGUACCACUUGCUCCAAUAAACUCUCAUACUACACCAUCAUUAGCACCAAUUAAAAAAACAGUUCCACUAGGUGGAAAAUUAUCACGAUUAGAGCGUGCUAAAAAAUUACCUCCUAUAAAAUUGGGGAAGAAACAUUAA